AUGGCCCCGUGGCCCACGUGGACCCUGCAGAGCAGGCCCAGCCAACAAGGACUGCAGACUCCAGGGCAGAACAUUGAGAACAAGCAUGAGCUGCACAGGUGUGUGAGUGCUUCGAAGAAAGACUUGUACCUCAUUGAUCCCCAAAUGGGAGGAGUCCCACCUGAUGGAAAGAACACCAAGGCAUACUAAAGAGCAACAGAAAUUGCUCCCACUUCCUCAGCUAGGCCCUACAUUUGGUGAUUUCUAUCACACUUAUCCUUAGCAAUAGCCCUCUGUGUUUCAUUGCCCCCAUUUCACAGAUUAGAUAACCAAGUUUCUCAGAGGUUAAAAACUUUCUCAAGAUGCCAAAACUCAUAAGUGGAUAGUUUGAUGUCAAAGCCAACACAGUUAACACCAGCCCACCUGCUAGCCCCUCAAGACCACUUAAUUCUCUCAACCUUCUACCAUGUGGCAGGAGGGCUGCUUGGGCAUUUUGGACCACUGUGCAAGACACCAGAGCCUCAUCACAUUGAUUGCAAAUUCAAUUCUAGAAACGUGGGGAGGCACACGGAGAAGGAGAGGCAUCUUAGGACAGUCAGGCAAGACCAGUGA